AUGGCGAACGGACAGAAAUCUCAUAACUUUGACGAUUUCCCGUCUGGUCUGACGGGGAAACGUAUCCUGCUAUGCACUGAGAGCCUCGGCCCUGUGAACGGCGUGUCGCGCACCACUAAGAUGCUGGUGGAUCAACUCCGAUCUCACGGAGCACUCGUCUCGGUAGUUGCGCCGUAUAAUCACACCAAAAUAAACACAUUUAACCCGAUUAGCCCUUCCAGCAAUGCCAACCUACUAUACCACGAAGAAAUACGGCUAACAGGCUAUCCUCUGCCUUUCAACCCCGAACUCUCAGUGGCAUAUCCCGUACGGCUUUCUGAGAUAUACAGGCGGACGUUCGGAGGCCCUCCAGAUCUAAUCUAUUUGGCUAGCCCAGCAUCUUUAGGAUUUCAGGUGAUGCUGCAGGCCCGGCAGCACGCGAAGGAGUUACAAGUGCCUGUCAUAUGCAAUUUCCAGACAGACCUGGCGGGAUACUGCUCUGUUUUGUUUCCUUGGCCGCUAGGCGGGAUCGCAAAUCGAGUCUUUGGCUUCGUCCAAGGUAACUUAUUUCGUGACUCUUCCGUGAAGACCAUUUUCUACCCGAGCACAUUCGUCAAAACAUAUCUAGACAAAGUCGCAAACGUGCCAACUAACAAAAUGGAGGUUUUGAGAAGGGGAGUCGACACCAAGGGCUUCGAUCCGACUAAGAGAAGCUUGGCGUUGCGAAAGGAAUGGGCACCAAAUGGAGAGCUCAUCCUAUUCACUUGUUCGCGAAUAGCGGGCGAGAAGGGGUUCGGGUUCCUUGCACAGGCGGCCAAGGAACUGGAUAAGGAAGGGCUGGACUUCAAACUCGUCAUCGUCGGCGGAAAUCGUAACCCAGUCGUCUUCCAAGAAGUGAAGGAUAUGUUUGGCACACUGAGUGAGAAAGGCAAGGUCAUCUUCGUUGGUUUCAAGGUCGGAGAGGAUCUGAUGACACAUUAUGCUUCAGCCGAUAUUUUCCUACACUGCUCCAUCACCGAGACAUUUGGGCUAGUAGUCCUGGAAGCGAUGGCGAGCGGCAUGCCAGUUAUUGCACGGGACGAAGGUGGUCCAAGCGAUAUUAUCGAGCACGGAAAGACCGGGUUUCUCGUUCCACCCGAUGACUUGGAUGGUUUCGUGAGAAAGACGCUGUUGCUUGGUCGAGACUCAAGACUCCGCGAGCAAUUUGCUCUAGCUGGCCGCGCGUUUGCAUGCGACGCUACAUGGGAGAGGAUCAGUAAUAAGGCCGCCUGGCAGAUGUUUGACACGAUCGAGCAAUUUGAACAGAACAGGGAGUUAGGCGCAUCGAUGACGCGGGUACCCAUCGUCGGCUGGCUAUUCCUGAACUCUCCUACGAGACGAUUUUUCCUCCCCAAGAUCACUACAGCGAAGCUAGCCUUUUCCCUUUCUAUCAUUAUAGGGUUCUGGGCGCUUGUUGGUAGUUACCUCGUCUUGACAGAUAUCGGACAUCUGUUCAAGACUCAUACGCCACGGGUCUCAACUGUGAAAAAAUAUAUAAGUCGUUGGAUAAUGGGUUGA